AUGGAGCGCGGCCGCUGGCUCCCGGUCACGGGAACUCGACGUCACAAAGAGCGGAGUAAACAGGGCGCCGGGUGCUCGCCAUCAGGCCCAUUCAUAAAACCGAGGCCGAGAGGAAGAGGGAGGCGGCCUCCGACCCACCGCCAGCGGCGGGCAGCGCCCGGACUUUGUGAAUGGAGCGCGCGGCGCCUUUCGCCGUCUGCCCGCGGGCCCAGCUUGCGCCGCGCCUCCAGCCCGACACCGGCACCUGUGCCGCCGCUGCACCCCGCCGCUAGGCUGGCGGCGCCAAAGCUUCCCCAGGAACGUGGGCAACCCCCUGCUUGGAAGAUGAAAGAGAAAGUCCUCCCGCCCGAAGCCCAGGAUCCGAGUGAGUCUGUGGACAAAACAACCAGUUUAAACAGGGACCUUGUGAAACAGCUUGUCAAUAAGCAGAUCUUGGAGAAAACAAAGGACAACAAAAUGUCUAAAUCACCUUUCCAAGGCUUCAACAGUGAAUGUAUUUUCCAAAUCAAUGUUGGAGUACAUGGUCAGAAAAGAUGUCUUUUGGACUUGUGAAAUUACUUAUAUAAAAGUUCUUACCAAGAAGGAAGCAUAAAAAACACAUUUAUUUAUAUGUUUACUAAAUCUUCUUUUAUUGAAAACAAUAAGACAACCUGAAAGCAAGUCUAUCAGAGAAAAUCUGGGACUUACGUCUUCACUGACAAAAUAAUAAAUAAGACAAAGUGAUAGAAGACCUUUGUCAUGACACCUGUUUGCUACCAGAGCCCCAGGCCAUCGUCGUCCACUGAUGUCUCCACAUUAAUUCUGCAGAGGUCCUGGAUAGUCUUCCCUGCCCUGUCUAAUGGUCAGUUAAUUCUUCUUGUAAGCACAUCAUGGCUGACCAAGUGCUGGACAGUGCAAAGAAAGGUGUCAGAGCUUUCAUCUUAAGCCUUGAUUGGAUGGUGAGUAGGUCUCCUGCAGCUAAUCAGUGGCUUUAGAAACCCUGGAGUCCUUCAGAAACCCUAAAGUUCUUCUGAUUUUUCUGGUAUACCGAAGGAAAAGGCCAACAACCAACAAUUUCUAAAUAAGAAAUUUCCACCUUAGCUAAAAGCAAAAGGCCUUUGAUACUGUAUGAGAUUGAUCAACUCACUUCAGUUGAAAUAAUGGUUUUCUGAAUUCAAGGCAUGAAAACAGCCUUUCCCCACUGGAUGGGAUGCUCAGAUUACCAGCCCUGGAAUGAAACAAAAGGAGAAGCCUAUCUCACCCCACACUUCUCAACCGUUUGCCAUUCUGAGAUGACACCUGCAGAGCUACAGCCCCACCUGCCCCAGCACCCACGGGUGCCUUGGUCAUCCUGCACUAUGGAGCUGCUCGUCUCUCCUCUAUGAGGAGUUUUAAUCUUCUAUGAGUCCAGUUUUUACAUUUUUAAAUUUCUUUUCCUUUUGUUUUUAGUUUACACAUAAUAAUUGUACAUAUUUAUGGAAUACAGACUGAUAUUUUCAUACAUGUAUCUACAUUGUGUAAUGAUCAAAUCAGGGUAAUUAGCAUAUCCAUCACCUCAAAUAUUGAUCAUUUCUUUGUCUUGGGAACACUCAAAAUCCUCUCUUGUAGCUGUUUCAAAAUAUACAAUAAAUUGUUUUUAACUA